AUGUCUUCAAAUCAUACAUCCCCAGUUAAAAGAUCAAUCUUGUCUCCUAAACCAUCUAACAUCACUAACAACAAUUCACCAUUGGGCAAAAGAUUCAAUACUAGUUCAAGAUUGACUCCUUCACCAUCUAAAUCAGGUUACAAUAGAUCAUCAACAACUCCUUCUCCUAAAAAACAAACUUUAGGAUUCAUUAUAUGGGAAGAUAAAGUAGAUAAAUCAAACUCUACUACUGAUAUUGUUGGUACUCCCACUUCAAAUAAAUUAAAUCAUAAUGACCAAGAAAACAUAUUACAACCCAAAAAAGUUGAAAACAAAAGAUUCCACAAUCAUCGUCAACCAUUAAGUAAUUUAAGCAUUAAUGAAUUCAAAGGGUUUAUUUCAACUAAUGGCGCAACACCAAUACAAUUGACUGAAUUAUAUCAACCAAUCAAUUUUGAUAAUGAAUUCAAAUCUUUACAUAAACAACUGAACAUUCCAAGCUAUUUGACUCCAUCAAGAAGAUCUAGAGACAAAUAUUUAGUCAAAUCCGGUAUUGAUGAAAUUGAUGAAGAAAUGGAAGAUGAAAUGGAAUUGCUUUUAUCCAAAAAACAAAAACAACGUUCUACAUCAUUAGCCACUAAAACUAACAACAUCAAUAAAACUCAUUUAAUUAGAAAACAUACAAGAUCACUAUCAGUUGGUAAAAAUGAUUCUAAAUUGAAUUUAAUUAGAAAAAAUAAAUUCUCCAUCUUAUCAAAUUAA